CAACACGUGACAACCGAGGGCGCUCUGAGCGAGCUGGUAGGGGCGAGGCGGUUGUUUGGGAUUGACAGUGCGUCGGACUACAUUUGGCUUUGGAAGCAGUCAGACCAGACAUGGCAACCAAAAGGGUCGGAAGGACGCGCGCAGAUGAAGUCCACUCAUCAGAUUUGGGAACGUCUCGGGAACACGGAGUCAACCUACAGAAGAGACAAGCUCGAGUGACUGUGAAAUACAACAGAAAAGAGCUGCAGAGACGACUAGACGUGGAGAAAUGGAUAGAUGACUGCUUGGACGAGCUGUACUUAGGCAAGGAGGAAGACAUGCCAGACGAGGUAAACAUUGAUGACCUGAUAGACCUGCCUAGCAAUGAGGAGCGAGUGGAAAAGUUACAGGUGAUCCUUCAGACAUGCAGCAACAACACAGAGACCUUCAUCGGCGAGCUGUUGGUCAAGCUGGAAGGCCUUCACAAGCAGGAGGAGCUGGCUACCGAGGGCAUCGAACACCCCUCCCUCUGCAACCACCCACAGCACCGCCAUGAGCCGUACCACUUCAACGACCCCCACUGCCCCCGCACCCACACCCACCAGACCCUCUGACCUGACAACUGACCUCUGACUAGGGUCGUAAAAAUUAUUUCCCAAAAUUCCCAGGUUUUCCAUAAUUUCCGGUUGGAAAAUGUCUGGAAUCAGGAGGGAAUAAGCAGGGAGGAAAUCCUCCAACUAUUCCGGGAAUCCUCCAAUCGGGAUUUCUGGAAAAACUGGGCAUUUGGCGAACGUUUCUGGAAUUUUGUUUCCCAGUAACCCCAUUUCAUCCAUCAGUCAUCCCCCCCGCAACACACACACACCCUCGGACCACCCUCAGACUCUACUCACACACUGACCUUAACAUGCCACAUGAACAACACCAUGUUGUCACAGCACUUUGGAUCACAUCCCACUGGGCACACCCCGUCAUUUCAACAUUUGAUAAUAUUUGGUAGAUAUGUUGAUCAAUGAGCUUCCAACCUAUUUUCAAAAAGACAGCCAAAAGUCUGUUGAAUUCCCAGUGUUAUUACUAUGCUUUCAACCAUCUAAAAGCACAAAUAAA